AAACACUCACUGAAACACUCACUAAGACACUCACUUAGACACUGAAACACUCACUUACUCACUGAGACACUCACUGACUCACUGAGACACUCACUGAGACACUGAAACACUCACUGAAACACUCACUGAGACACUCACUAAGACACUCACUGAAACACUCACUGAGACACUCACCGAGACACUCACUGACUCACUCACUGCGGCACUCACUGAAACACUCACUGACUCACUGAGACAGUCACUGAGACACUGAGACACUCACUGAGACACUCACUGACUCACUGAGACACUCACUGAGACACUCACUGAGUCACUGAGACACUGAGACACUCAGAGACACUCACUGACUCACUGAGACACUCACUGCGACACUCACUGAUACAUUCACUGACUCGCUGAGACACUCACUGAGACACUCACUGAAACACUCACUGACUCGUUCACUUAGACACUCACUGACUCACUGACUCACUGAAACACUCACUGAGACACUCACUGAGACACUCACUGACUCACUGUGACGCUCACUGACUCACUAAGACACUCACUGACUCACUAAGACACUCACUGAAACACUCACUGAAACACUCACUGACUCACUGAGACAGUCACUGAGACACUGAGACACUCACUGAGACACUCACUGACUCACUGAAACACUCACUGAAACACUCACUGACUCACUCACUGAAACACUCAUUCACAGCCAUGGCCACCGCAGCCGCUCCUGCUGCUGUGUCCGAGGAGCUCAGCUGCUCCAUCUGCCUGGAGGCGUUCGACUGCCCCUCCACGCUGAGCUGCGGCCACUCGUUCUGCCUGCGCUGCCUGGAGGCCGCGUGGCAGGCGGCCGGGUGCUACUUCUGCCCCCAGUGCCGAGACGAGUUCCAGCAGAAGCCGCGGCUGAGGAAGAACGUGACGCUCGCCAAUCUCGUGGAGGAGCUCAGCAUUGGGGGCGGUGGCGGGGGUGAAGCCGGGGACGAGAAAACGACGUCUCCGCGGUUGUCCUGCGACAGCUGCCUGGACGGCGACGUCCCUGCCGUGAGGAUCUGCGUGACGUGCGAGACGUCCCUCUGUGAGUCCCAUUGCAGGCGUCACCUGCAGAACGCGAAGUUCAAGGGCCACUCGCUGGUCGAGCCGGGAGUCGGCGCGCAGGUGCGCAAGUGCCCGAGGCACGGGAAGCUGCUCGAGUUCUACUGCGCGCGGGACAAGAGGCUGGUCUGCACCAGCUGCGCCAUCGUCGGGGAGCACGUGGGUCACGAGUUGAGCAGCGUGGAGGACGCGCACGAGGAGCGGAAGACGCGCGUAGCACGGGAGACGCGAGCAGUGGACGAGAGGAGGAAGGAGGUGGAGGGGUCCGUCAAGCAGAUGGAGGCCGCUCGCAGGAAGGCUCAGGAAUCGGUGGCCGGGAUCAGGGGUCGCAUCACGGGCAAGUUCGCCCGCUUAAGGAAGGCUCUGGACGAGGACGAGACGGAGGCACUGCGCCGCGUGGCCGUGAAGGAGCGCGAGCUGCUGUCCCGGAUCGACGAGGACAUCGCUCGUCACGAGCGGGAGAUCGGCGAGCUCCGGGCGACGGCCGCUCGCCUGCGAAAUCUGCAGAACGAGAGGGACUCGCUCACCUUCCUGCAGGGACACCUGGAGGAGAUGCGCAGAAGGAAGAUACUAAAGAAAUCUGCACCUCCACCUCCCACUUCCCUGGACGCCACCACGAUCAGCUCCCUGGAAAGAUCCAUGCGCAGACUCCUGCCUCUCGUCUAUGGACGCUCACCGACUCUGGACCCGAGCUCGGCCCACGACAAACUCCGGAUUUCCUCGGAUCUCAGGACGGUGACGCUGACCGCUGCCUCCCAGGGUCGCCCAAAUCACCCGCGCCGCUCCGACGUCUACCACCAAGUCCUGUGCUCGGAGAGCUUCUCGUCGGGUCAGCACUACUGGGAGGUGGACGUGGGGAGCCGCUCGGGGUCGUGCCGGAUUGGAGUCGCCUACGCGGCGAUCAAACAAACAAAAAAUGGCGGCGGCGACUGCUUCCUGGGAUGGAGCGACGGCUCCUGGUGUCUACAGAAAGUCGACGGCAGCUUCUCGGCGUGGCACGGCGGGGUAGUGACAGCACUGUCGGUGCCGGAGCCUCCGCGGAGAGUAGGGGUUCACCUGGACUGGGACGCGGGGCUGCUGUCGUUUUACAACGCCCAAUCCAUGGCGCCAUUGCACUCGUUUCGCCAAAUCUUCGUCGAGCCCGUGCAUCCGUGGCUGUACUUGGGGGUUUGUACAUCCGUGACGAUCGUGGAUCUGAGCGGCGCGUCCUGAGAGAGGCGGGCGCCGUUUGCUUGCCCGUGACGAUUUUUCGGUGGUUUAGGAGUGCACGGCUCUCGGCUCAAAUGCGGGGCAGGCUUCGGCGAAGCCAAGUCGAGAAGUAGCGACGCAAAUGAUGAUUGUUAUUCUUUUCCCCAAAAAAAUUUGCAAACAACCAAUUUUUUUAUCAGGAGUCGCAGCGUUCCGCGGUGAGAAUUUCGAGACGGUGGCAACCUUUUUGAUAAAUGACCCGUCAAGAGGCGGUCGGAUCGCAUUAAAAAGAGCCGGAUGCAGCUCCCGGAAGCCACGGGUUUGUUAUGUUUUUUGGGUCUUUCGGUAAAGUCGCGUGGAAUGAUGCAAAGAAAAGAACAAAAAACUAUGACGUUUU